AUGGACCUUAUAGGAAAAAAUGAAGAAUAUAGUUUAAAUAAUACUUUCAUCCAGCCAAUUUCAGGUAUUCGUUCUUUAUUUUUCUGCAGUUAUAAUAAUUUUGGUAUUAAAGUAUCCAAGUGUAAUUGGCUUUCUCUACUGAAACGAUGCCUAAGUGUAACGAAAACUGUCGAUGUGAGGUAUGCAAGUGUUGUGAAGCAGCUACGAGCCAGGCCAAACCUGUGUGUGCAGAAAGAUGCAGCCGAAGCUGUAAAUGUGAAACGUGCAGAUGCUGUGUUUCUACUAAAAGGCGAUGCAGCGCCAGCUGUCGGUGUGAUGUCUGCAAAUGCUGUGAAGCCUCAAAGAAUUGUUGUUAGAAUAUGACCUAGGAGCUCACGGUCAUCUAAAAUACUAACCCUCUUGACGAUGAAGUGUCAUUGUCUUAAGCCUUUGGUCAAUAGAUUUUAAUUUUAGAAAAUUCGGGUCCUAUUAAAUAUUGUCAAUCAACACUUUUUAAAUAAAAAUAUGUAAAAAUUAUAUAAGUGCUGUGUAAUUAUAGAUAUAGAUUUGCGUUAUAAGAUGUUAAUUAGGUUACAAAUGUUCUAAACGUAAAUGGAAUAUGUAUAUACAUCCUCCAUUUAUACUCAGAACAUUUAUAAUUUUAAUCUAUGAUGAUAAAAACAGGGUAAACAAGUUUGAUACGUCAAAUUAAAAGAAACCCCGAUGUUUUCGAAAGGUAGAACUGUCUUCUUCGGAAGUAAUAAUUCAACUAAUUUUUUGAAAUAUACUUUAUACAUGACAUUAA